AUGGUUGCUUUCGGACUACGGCUAGUGGCCUCCUUGGCCGUCGCCGCGGCGGCUGCAUAUGCGGCCCCUCCGCCGGUUGCGGCCCCUCCGACGGUGGCCCCCGCUCCGGCCGCGGCCCCUUUGCCCCCCGGGAAGAUGCUCAGCUUGGCGUCUCUCACGCCGCCAAGCAAGGACCCCUUCUACGCCGUGCCAGAUGACGUUGAGCAAGCCCUUCCGGGCGCCAUCCUGCGACACCGCGCGCCGCCCAACCCCAUCGCAGGCUUUGGCAUCCUCCCCAUCAGCCUCCAGGCCACCCACCAGAUCCUCUACCGCACCAUCGACAGCCUGGGCAAUGCCACGGCCACGGUGCUGACGGUGCUCAUCCCCUACAACGCCGACCUGAGCAAGGUCCUGUCGUACCAGGUUGCCGAGGACGCGGCCACCAUCGACUGCGCGCCUUCGUAUGCCUUUCAGUUUGCGCACGCCACGGGGCCUGACCACGGCACCAUUCUCACCGAGGCCGAGCUGCUGCUCGUCGAGGCCGCCCUCGAGCAGGGUUGGGUCGUCAUCGCGCCCGACUUUCUCGGGCCCAAGGGUGCCUUUCUGGCCAACGAGCUGGCCGGGCAUGCCACGCUCGACGGCGUGCGCGCUGCCAUCAACUCGGCCUCCUUUACCGGCAUCAGCAACGAGCCGACCGUCACCAUGUGGGGAUACUCGGGCGGCAGCCUCGCCUCGCUCUGGGCCGCCGAGCUGCAGCCGACGUACGCUCCCGAGCUUAGCAUCGCCGGGGCCGCCGUCGGAGGCACCGUCCCCAACAUCGCCACUGUCGUGAAAAGCGUCAACAAGAAGGGGUCGGCCGGGCUGAUCCCUACCGGCAUCCUGGGGCUCGCCAACCAGCAUCCAGACCUCGACCAGCUCCUGGAACAGCACGUGCUCCCCCAGUAUCGCGCCCAGUUCUACAAGCCCAGGAGCCAGUGCUUCAUGGCCAACAACAACCAGUUUGCGAACAAGGACGUGGUCGGCAUGCUCGACGACCCCAGCCUCAUCUUCAGGCACCCGCUGGCCGUCACGCUCAUCGCCAAGAACGCCCUGGGCAGCUCAACGCCCAAGAUCCCCAUCUUUGUCUACAAGUCGACGGCCGACGAAAUCAGCCCCGUCUCGGAGACGGAUUCGCUGGUUCGCACGUACUGCGCCGCGGGGGCCUCGGUCGAGUACCAGCGAGACGCCGGUUCGGACCACGGGAGCCUGGCCGUCCUGGCUGCUCCCAAGGCGCUGUCAUGGCUAAUAGCCACCAUGAACGGGCAGCGCCGCACGGGGUGCGUCACGCGGACGGUGCCGUCGUCGCUGCUGGACCCGGCCGCCAUCGAACUCCUUCCAAAGAUUCUCAUCGAUGCCCUGCUGAGUCUGCUGGGCAAGCGGGUUGGCCCAAUUAUUGGGUGA